AACUCGAUUCAUGUUUGAUUGACUGACAGAUGGCUGACUGACGCUUCUAUUCUUAAUUUUCUGUUUGUGUUGUCUAGCUGUUCAGCACGGCUACGGACAUUAAUUUUAUUUAAUGUACCUCCGUUUAAUUGUAAAUCUUCGAUUCCAUAUAACAUAAUUGUGUUGCUUUUCUAUAGAUUCCUUAUGAGGCUUUAAUUUUAAAUAGUACCUGUGUGUGUACAAAGUUUUUUUAUGACGAGUGAUUAUUAUAUUCAUUCCUUUGCUUUACCUUUGACGGUGGGGAUACUUUUUCAUUUUCGUAAAAGAGUUUUUGUAUAGAAUGGUUUUAUAGUGUUAUUGGCUCAAUUAAUUUGUGCCCGAUGUUGAUCAAUAAUAUGAAUCCUGUUUCCCUAACACAAAGGAAUCCACUAGUUUUCUUGGACAUUUCUAUCGAUGGCGAACAAGCUGGGCGUAUUGUAAUAAAAUUAAGAAACGAUGUAGUGCCAAAAACAGCGGAGAACUUUCGCGCUCUUUGUACAGGCGAAAAGGGAGUCGGAUCCAAUGGCAAACCUCUUCAUUUUAAAGGCUCAAAGUUUCAUAAAGCGGUUACUCAGUUCAUGAUCCAAGGAGGUGAUAUAAUUAACGGCGAUGGUACCGGCGGUGAAAGUAUAUAUGGGCCAACAUUUGAAGACGAAAAUUUUAAAUUAAAGCAUGACUCUGGGGUACUUAGUAUGGCCAACAGCGGUCGGCCCAAUACCAAUGGUUCUCAGUUCUGCAUCACAACAGUCCCGUGCGCACAUCUCGAUGGUACCAACGUCGUGUUUGGUGAAGUAAUGGCUGGUCUUGGCAUUGUGAGAGAGAUCCAACGUUACGGCGAGGGAGACCUUUGCCGCCCCACGGUGGACUGUGUGAUUGAAGAUUGUGGCGAGAUUAUAAAUAGUGAAUGGGAUGUUAGCUGUUGCGAUGGUACCGGGGACAAAUUGCCCGAGUAUCCUGAAGAUUACAGGGAUGAAAAUGUUACUGUAGAGCAAUUAAUGGUGUCUAUAAGGGAUGUAAAGAGCGCCGGUAACAGUUACUUUGGCGAAGCACGUUAUAAGGCAGCUAUUAGGAAGUACCGCAAGUGCCUAAGGUAUUUGGAACAUGCGUUUUAUAGGAUAGAUGAAGUCAAAGAUAUGGAUACAAAAGAACAAAUACUAGAAAUACGGACGAUGUAUGUGUCGCAGUGCUACCUCAACAUGGCGGCUUGUUACAUGAAGUUGGAGGAUUAUAGGUCAACCGUUCAGUACAGUACUUCGGUACUCGAAAUAGACCCUAGAAAUGAAAAAGCGUUAUACAGACGCGGUCAAGCGAAUUACGCUCUUAAAAACUAUGACGACGCUCUCAUGGACCUCCGAUUAGCAGAUAAAGUGUCCCCGAACAACAAGGCUGUGCAAAAACUAUUAGAUGAAGUAAGAUUGACAAAUAAAAGCUAUAAUGAUGUUCAAAAACAACGGCUAUCCAAAUUUUUUCGUGAGCAAAAAGAGGCGUUUAUCGAGAUCACAUGUGAGAUCGCCGAUCACUGAACUAAGACUGACGGUAGUUAUACGUAGGCUUAUGUAGACAAUACGCUUUUUGAGAACGUUUUGUACGGUCACUGCCGGUGUUGUCAGAUGUACUGAUUAUAGAAUGAUUUUCGAUUAGUUUUUGUAUAUAUUGUUUCCUUAUUACUGGAUCACAGCUAAAUUAAGUCGGAACAAAUGAAUUGGUAGAGAUAUUAUUAUGUUUGUGUUUGAUUGGUGGGGUUGUGCGUAAUUUUAUUUAAAAAUCGGACAACAUCGGGUGUGUGACCGAAUGGUUUAGGGUUAGGAUGUUCGAGAAGGUACUAAUGUAAAUGAUGGCACAAGGAAUUUUGUAAGAAGAAAAGAGAAGUUGUAGGUAAGUAACUUAAAACAUGAUUCCAUUAAGGGGUCACUUAUAUUUCUUACUUAUGGCCAGUAGCUCUACCAUGAGUAGUAGUAGUAACUAUUGUUGUAAAACAAUAGCUUUUUGUCGAAUAUGGCAAAUCUUUGUUCCAUAAGAGGCCGGUAAAGGCAUACAAAAAAUUUACGUCAUCACUAUCGACAAAUACUAUUGCUUCAAACUCAUGGUAGAGGUUCGUUUCAGUUUGAAACUGUCGGUUAAAGACGAAAGCCUAAAUUUUAAAUCAACAUUUUUAGUCCUAAACAAUGAAUUUGACAAUCGAAAGACAUUUAACUUCCAAAUGUUAAUAAUCACAAAUACACAGUUUAAAGAAGAUUUAUAUGUUGAACAAUAUGUCCUAAAAAUAUCUGCCACGGUUUUAAUAGGAGGUAGUGUUGUGUUUGAAGAUUACAAUAGUAAAUAUUAAUUAUUAAUUACGAGUAAUUUUUUUCAUACAAAAAAUCUAAGCUAUUUCUUUCAAAUUGAAUUAACUGUUUUUUUUUUACUAUUGUAAUCUUCAAACACAAUACUGACCAUUAAAGCCGUGGCAGAUAGCUUACAAUUAGAACAACUUGUGUGUAAUUUUAUUCUUUGAGGAAAAAAUGAACUUAAAUGUGCUGGACACUCAAGUCAUUAAAUGUCAGAGGAUAGAAAGUAAAUAUGUUUUAAAAAGAUCAUACCAUAUAUUUGACCUGGGGCCUUAGUCUGCUAUUACAAUAAUAGCAGACUAAGGCCCCUGGUAAUAGUCACUGUACAGACAUUGAUUCAUUCGGUUACUAGAAAUAGUAGUAGAAUGAGCAUAUAUGGUAGAGUUUAAUACAAAAAAUAGUCCGAAGUAGCGAACUCGAUGUUAGCCGAAUACAAUAUUUUGUACUCAAUGUAUUGUGAUGCAAUCAAUUGCACAAAUUAUGUUAAAAUGAAACCUUGUGUUCGUUGACAGAACUAAUUAUAAACGUACCUUGUUGUACAAAUAUUUAGGCUUUCGUUUCCAUCUACCAAAACAGUCGGGUAAUUAGGUUAUUUAUUACAAUGAUUGGUUUUAUUAAAUAACGACUGAAAUUACAAUUAUGAAUACUAUGUAUCCUAAAAUAGUGUCGUAGUACUAUGUGUCAUAAGAUACGGUUUUUAUAUCUAUAUUAAGGCGAAAGAAAUUCGUAUUAUUUUGGUCUCGUCGUUGAAUUUAUUUAAUAGAUAAUAAAAUCACAAAUGACAUGAGUUAUUGUCUCUUAGUUUUGAUAAGUAUGAGCAAAUUAUAAUGAUUUAGUUAUAGUUAAGGUUAGUUUAGCUGUUGUACUAUGGGACGCCAGCGGUUAGUGUAAUAGACACUGAUAUUAUUUUUCUAAAAUAUUUUCACAUCCGAGGGCAUAGUACGAGUUUCGUUUUACGUUUAACGAGAUCCAAACGCAGUGCUUUGAUAGGUUGGUUCAUUCGCGCCGGCCAAUAAGAACGCUGAACGCACUUUCGUUUCGUUUUCGUUUAACGUAAAGCAAACUCGUAUUAAGGAGACGUUUUAUUGGCUCUCAUCGUUUUAGUUAUUAGAUGAUAAAUACGUAACGACAAUCAAAAUAUAGUUGAAUAAAUCAGAACUUAAUGUUAUUGUGAUAAUCAUAUUUUUUGCAGAUAAGUACUAUUUAACAUUUUUAUAGUUUAAUCUAUUCAUUGUUUAUGUAUACAGGUACACACAUAAAAAUAAAUUCAGACUAUUGGCGAAUUAAAUUUUGUGUGUUUGUUACACAACCUAUGUACUUAUGUACAGUCAGUACAGCUAUUUAGUAUGUAGGUAAGAAAAUAAAGAUUGAUUCAGUAUCCUUAGUAUGAGUUUGCUUUACGUUUAAAGUAAUCGAAACGAGAGCGCAUUCGGCGCUCUGAUUGGUUGGUUUAUUCGAGCCGGCCAAUAAGAGAGCCGAACGCGCUCUCGUUUUGAUUACUUUAAACGUACUGCAACUAAGGGUACAGUGCAGAGACACACCAUUGGUGGGUUACUGAACCGACCAAUGGUCACAGAAGAUAUUGCUUAGUUAAAAACUGUAUAAUUUAGUAUAAUAAUAACUAUUAUACGCAUUAUAAAUAAAUAUUUGCUCCUUACAGAGAUGUAUAGAGUAAAAAUCUUUAUUUUUCUACCUGCAUAUUAAAUAGCUGUGCUGACUGUACAUUACGUUUUACACUACUAGUAAUAUAACCAAAUCAUGAAGUUUUAGUUAAAUUCUUUAUAUUUUUUUAUACAAACCGAAGUUUCUUGCAGAGAUUUUCAGAUUCUUAAUAGAUCAAAAUGUAAAUAAAUGGUAACAAUUUUAUAAUUCCAUUUUUAUUUUUAGUAUUUUUUUUUACUUCUCCAUAUGUAGGUAUACAUAUUAUUAUGUAUGUAUUUGGAAUGUGUUCAUCAUGAGUAUGAAUGUAUACAUUUCCUCUGUAUAGAAUUUUGUCUAUACAUAUUUUGAUAUUAUCAUGUCUUCUGUAAUACAUAUGUAUCAUACAUAAUUAUGUGUCAAGCUUCUCAUAAUAACUGUAAGUAGUGAUUUUUUGUGAUAACUGUGACGUUCUUGUGUUUUUAUUGAAUGUGUGUGAAUAUGAACUAUAUCUAUCUAUAAUUAUGUAUACCAUUCAUAUGAAUUACUUGUAUUACCCAUACCUAUGAAAUAUAAGGACGUAACAAACAAUUCCACUUUUUUUUAAAAGUAAUAUAUGGGACGUAAAUAAUAAUAAGUGUUUUUGUGCUUAUAUCUUAUUAUGUGGUGUAUACAAAUCAAAUCUUAUUUAAUUUUGUUGUUUCCAGUGCCUGUACCCAAAUGUCACUUAAGCGCUUGUCUACCGAGAGAGUAGAAGACUCAAUGUAUGGGGAUGACACUGACAAAUGUCAAAAUUUACGUCAAAGUAAUCGAAACGAGAGCGCGUUCGGCAGUCUGAUUGGCCGGCUCCAAUAAGCCAACCAAUCAGAGCGCCGAACGCCCUCUCAUUCCAAUUAUUUUAAACGUAAAACAAACUUGUACUAAAGGUACAGUGUGAAUAAACUUUUCGUUACUGACUGACGGACAACGCACAAUCAGAAGCACUAAAGCUAGGAAGAUGAAACUUGGCAUGUAUGUUCCUUGCGGAGUGUAGAUGCACGAAGCGAGGAUUAACCUUAAAUUCCCACGGAAACGGGAAUUACCUAUUCAUGAGUACGAAGUCGCAGACAGGAGUUUCCCAUAUAAUUUACUUUUCUAUUCUAUUUGUAGACAAGCGCUAAAUGGCAUUUGGCUCAUACUCGUAGUACUGGAUAUUGUUUCUUUAGUAGAAAACACAAUUUUUGCCAUAGUUUAUGCCAGUUACUUAUUUAAGAAGAUACAAUACAUGUGCUGUUUACAAAAAUGGUAUGUUUUACUCUGAAUAAAGUACCUACAUAAUUAUAAUCUAUUUGUUUGUCAUAGUAACAAUGAAUUUAUCAGAAUAAAUGUGUUCGGUUUUAGUCAUU